AUGUACUACUGUAUGGUACUUCCAGGUGGUACCUCACGUCAUUCCAUGAGCACCAGCGUGGGUGAUGGUACCUCUCAUCACUCAUUAGCAGCUAAUCGUCAUUUGCAAUGGAAGAAUCAAAAAGUAUUCAUUGAUCGGGUAUAUCAGAUAUCCAACAAUUGUCAUCCUGGUAUCGGAUUGGAUCAGGCAGCUGCUGAACACAUUCAAGAAAUACUGAUAUGUUUAUUUUUCGAAUUAUUAGAGUGUCAUCCACAGACAAUCGAGGAUAUGGAGCGAAGUAUGCGUACCACUUUGCCGGCAAGCAUGUUCCAUUGGGUUAUUCAGUUUCAAAAUACCCCUGAAGCAUUACAUAGAAUCCCACGAAAGAAACUUCAUGAUAAACGGAACGCAAACUCAAAGAGCUUAAUGUCACUUUUGCACUCGUUGCAACCAAAAUUAAAGGAAUUGUUGGGUUAUAAAUUAGAUGAGGAAGUGAUGCUAUAUUUGCUUUCCGUUAUCGAAUAUAUUGCUGCAGAUAUACUGAAGUGGACUGGAAAUUAUGUUAAAAAUAUAAGGAAAUGUGACCCGACUAUUGGUUUGCAGAAUUUGAAAAUUGCCCUCAGUGCUGAUACAAGCUUGAUGGAACUUACAGAAAUGUUGUAUAAUGAAGAGGAGACAUCGACAUCUGGAAUAUUAAAUGAUAAUGUUGAGGAUAUCGUGCAAGAAAUGUCAUAUGAAGAGGCAUCGCGCGAUUUCAAUCGUGAGGAAGCUCAAUAUCUUCGUGACCUCAACCUCAUCAUUCAUGUCUUCCGGCGUCGUUUUGAGACUGUCUUCGAGAAUUCUGAUGAGCACUAUCUUGAUCAAAUGUUCGGUAACAUUUUGGAAUUGCACGAAUUAACAAUGAAGGUCCAGCGAAUGCUGGAAGAUGCAAUUGAAAUGUCGGAUACUCCGUGUGUGGGAGCUGGCUUGUGGGAACUUGCGGAAGCUCAUGAAUUUGAUGUUUAUAUUGCUUACAUGGAUUUAUUCAAGGAAUCAUUGUCAACUGUAAUAGAAAAAGUGCUAAACGAUGCUAAAUACGAUCAAUUCUUUAUGCUGGAGGACCGAGCGCAUAGUAUAACUCCUGGGGGUGAAACAUUUCGACUUGCUGUUAAAUAUGUUCUUCCUUCUCUUCUUGAAAUUCCUGUUGUUCAUUUCUUUCGUUACGUUGAACUUAUAAAUAUUUUAUGUCAUUUGGCACGACCAGUUGAUGAAAUCGAGGAUUUAAAAAGCACGAAAAGUUACUUUAGCGGUCUUGCCAUGAAAAUAGAAUCAUUAUGUCCUUCAUUUCUGAUUAAUCAUCUUAAAGCGGAACAAAGCGUUCGAGCUUUGCCGGAAUCAAAUUGCUCACGUCAGAGACGAAGGAUUCAAGAGAUUCAGCGAAGUAUUGAAUUAUGGGAAGGCAAAGAAAUUGGUUACAAAUGUGCUGAAGUUAUUAAAGAAGGUGAUUUGUUAUUAUUACGAUCUGGACCAUUGUCUCCUGCUGACACGUUGAAAAAAAACAGAGGAAUAACUGUGCGUCAUACAUUCCUCUUCGACCAUCUUCUGGUGCUUUGUAAAACAUUACGCUCUUCAAGACCCGAAAAACCACUUUAUAAAUUCAAGGAUAAAGUGCUUAUACGUAAAACAGAUAUAUUCGAUCUGAAGGAUACUGAAGAACUUCAAAAUGCUUUUAAAAUUGUGUCGCGAUCAAUAACUCAUGACCGGGGCGACAAUACUUCUUGGAUACUGUUUUGUCGAACGCCGGAAGAGAAAACUAGUUGGAUGUGUGAUCUAGUCAAAAUUCAGGCGAAAAGUUCGUUAGAUCGAAUGUUGGACGCAUCGUUAAAAGAAGAAGAAAAACGAGUCCCACUAAUUUUGCCGACUUCUGACCAAUAUAGGUUCGCUGAUCAGGACUGCGAUGAAAAUAUAGUGUUUGAAGAUUAUACAUCGAGCAGUGGUAUACCAGUUGUUAAACAUGGGACUGUUCUAAAGCUUGUCGAACGCUUAACUUAUCAUUUGCAAUUGCUUAUCGAACGAUUUCAAGUACCUACUCCGCUACAGCUUCAAGCAGCUGAAGCAAAUAACGUAUCUAACUUGGAAUCACGAGGGCUUUUAAACGGUCCUUAUGCUACACUGCAUUCGCAGGGUCUAAGGACCCUAGUUUCUCCGACAUUGCUAAAUAGAAUUGAACGAAGUUAUCAACGAUUUCGCAAAGAAUAUCAGCAACCAAUACAAUGCAGAGUGCUAAGUGUGAUUCGACAAUGGGUGAAUAAUCAUUGGUAUGAUUUCGAGCAUAAUCCGGUUCUAUUACAAGACCUAUGUUUGUUUUUGGAAGAAACUGAUUCUCAUGGAAAAGUUAUCAAUCAAUACAAGAAGUGGUGUAAAAGCAUUAAGCGAGCUGACACGAUACCAUCGAUGACACAUAAUGGUUUAGAAAGCGAGACAUCUCUAUCAACAACCACCUCAUAUGGUCCACAGAAACCGAAAAUUUUAUGGCAUACUGCCGAGAAAGGAGCCAUUGAAACGUACGAUCUCUUAUCACUCCAUCCAAUUGAAAUCGGUCGGCAGAUAACUUUGUUGCAGUUUGACUUAUAUAAAGCUAUUAAACCCAUUGAAUUGGUUGGUUCAGCAUGGACAAAAAGAGACAAGGAUCUUAGAAGUCCACAGCUGCUGAAGCUCAUCGAUCAUAGCACUAUGUUAACUUAUUGGGUUGCUCGCUCUAUUGUGGAAACUGUUUCACUAGAUGAGCGGGUGUAUAUGUUCUCACGAGUAUUGGAAAUAAUGUCUGUUUUCGAAGAACUCAACAAUUUCACUGGACUUGUUGCUUUGUAUUCUGCUCUAAAUAGUAGUUCCGUAUAUCGACUUAAGGCAUGUUGGGAGAGAAUUGAUCGCGAAAAGCAAGUAUGGUAUGAAAAAUUCAAAAAACUUUGCAAUCCGCACUGGAAGGAAAUGAUUGAACGAUUAAAAAGUAUCAAUCCGCCUUGCGUUCCUUUUUUCGGUCAUUAUCUUUCCAAAAUCUUUUUUUACGAGGAAGGAAACAGCACAUUUGUACAGAGCGAAGAUCUUACUCAUGAACAGAUUAGUGCCGAAGGCAAUACAUCAGUUGUGGGUGCAACAGGCCGUAAAGUAAUGGUGUCAUUUGUGAAAUGUCGUCGGAUAGCAUCAAUUAUUAGCGAUAUCCAAAUGUAUCAAAAUGAACCGUAUGCUUUGGAAGUAGAGCCAGGCGUGAGGAUAGUUUAA